GUGCCAGAAGUGAAGGUGAAGCAGCCAGCUGGAGAUCUGCGUGCUCACAUGGCGUCCGGCAGGAGCAGGACGAGUCUGCGAGAGGACCUGACGUGUGCCAUCUGCUUCGAGCUCUUCCGGGAGCCCGUGAUGCUGGGCUGCAUGCACCACUUCUGCAGGAGGUGCAUCGUGUCGUACUGGCAGAGCCUCAGGGGGCCGGCGUCCUGCCCUCAGUGCAGGCAAGAGUUCCCCAACAGGAGCUUUCAGACCAACUACUUAGUGGCCGGUGUGGUGGAGAAGGUCAGGGCCGGCUCCACGCCUGGAUCUAUCAAGCAUCUGGAGAAGCAGUUGCAGGAGCGUCUGGAGUCGCAGUGCUCCCUGAAAGAGGCCUACGCCUCUAUGGUCCGCGCGGACAAAGACCAGAUGGAGAACAUAAGAAAAGCGGGAGUGGAGCUGCAGGGGCGAGUGCACAGCGACUUCCAGGCCCUACAUCACUUCCUGCGGGUGGAGGAGGAGGCCAUGGUGGAGGAGCUACAGCGGGACUUGGAGCAGAUGCUGAAGCGCCUGGAGGAGCAUCUGGACGCCCUACAGGUGUCCAUCCGAGACCUGGAGCGGGACAUCCACACACUCCGCCACACCGCCAGCUGCGCAGACCAAUCCGUGCUCGUAGAGCUUCCAGAACUGAAUUCUGGAUCACCUCUGCAAGAGCUGAAUAUCAACCUGAAUACCUUCAGAAGCAAACGCAUCGCUCCUCUUCAGUACACUGUGUGGCGCAAAAUGUUUCAUCAUCUGAACCCAGGCCCAGCACCACUGAUAUUCGAUGAGGACACCGCUCAUCCCAGUCUACAGCUGUCCAGGAACAAGACCCAAGUGAUCGAGAGCGACACGAUGAUCAGUUACACGUGUGAUGCCAAGCGCUUCCUCCAGUGCGUCAACAUCCUCGCCACCGAGGGCUUCCAGUCGGGCCGCCAUUACUGGGAGGUGGACGUGAGCAACAGUCCGAAGUGGGACCUGGGAGUGUGCCUGGAGUCGGUGAACCGCCGGGCCCGGGUCAGGCUGUGUCCUGAGAGCGGCUACUGGACCCUGCGCUUGCGGAGCGGGACCCAGUUCUCGGCCGGCACGCAGCCCUGGACCCCGCUCGCCGUCGCCACAUGUCCCGGCAGGAUCGGGGUGUUCCUGGACUGUGAGGAAAGGAAGGUGUCGUUCUAUAACGCGGAGAGCAUGGCCCUGCUGUACUCCUUCUCCAGCGGGCCCCGAGGCAGGGCCUUCCCCUUCUUCAGCACGUGCCUCAGUGAGCGCGGCCACAAAGCCCAGGCCAUGCGCCUCCUGCACUUCCCUUUCCAGUGGGAGAUGCAAUGAGCCUCUGGUUCUUACUGGGUUUCCAUAUUUGACAUUUAUCAGCACAUGAUGACGCUAACCAAUCAUUACGAGGGGAGUUUAUUUUAUGCUUUACUCGAUACAUCAAACAGACAAG